AGUGGUGGAGGAGUGAUCUGCAACAUCCUGUUGCCUCGAGGGUCUUUAAGUGGGUGAAAGGUGGAGAAGACGAUCGGCUGUCAUUCUUCUAACACUGACUCUGUCUGUUCCUUCACCUGUUUAACUUCACCUGAGACCAACGAUGCUGCAGAACACGGGGAAGUUGGCGGGCUGCACGCUCUUCAUCACCGGGGCGAGUCGGGGGAUUGGUAAAGCCAUUGCACUGAAAGCCGCCAAAGAUGGAGCCAACAUUGUCAUCGCUGCCAAGACCGCCGAGCCCCACCCCAAACUACCAGGAACCAUCUAUACUGCCGCGCAGGAGGUGGAGGCGGUGGGGGGGAAGGCGUUGGCCUGCGUGGUCGACAUCCGUGACGAGCGGCAGGUCGGAGAAGCUGUGCAGAAAGCCGUCGACAGGUUUGGAGGUAUCGACAUCCUGGUGAACAAUGCCAGCGCCAUCAGUCUGACAGGAACUCUGGAGACACCGAUGAAGAAGGUGGAUCUGAUGCUGGGAAUCAACCUGAGAGGAACAUACGUCACGUCGAAGCUGGUCAUCCCUCACCUGCUGAAGAGUCGCAGUCCUCACAUCCUGAACCUGUCGCCGCCGCUCAACCUCAACCCUGUCUGGUUCAAGAACCACACAGCGUACACCAUGGCGAAGUAUGGCAUGUCCAUGUGCGUCCUGGGGAUGGCCGAAGAGUUCAGAGGUCAAAUCGCCGUCAACGCUCUCUGGCCCCGAACUGCGAUCCAGACAGCAGCCAUGGACAUGUUGGGUGGUGACGGUGUAGGUAAACAGUGUCGUACAGCUGACAUCAUGGCAGACGCCGCCUAUGCCAUCCUGUCCCAACCAAAGGACUACACAGGUCACUUCCUGGUGGAUGAGGACAUCCUCAGAGAGAAGGGAGUCCAGGACUUUGAUCAGUAUGCCGUCCAACCAGGGCACCCCCUGCUGCCUGACUUCUUCCUGGAUGAAGCUCCAGAGACACUGGUCCAACAGAUGGAGCAACACGGGGCGACCCCAGCCUUCAAACCACCAUCAUCAUCAUCAUCAGCAGCGCCCCCCUCUGGUGGACCAAUAGAGAGCACAUUUGACGCCAUCAGAGGAGUCAUUAACGAGGACGUUGUCAAGUCCACGCAGGGCAUUUAUCAGUUCGACCUGUCAGGAGAACACGGGGGCAUUUGGUUCCUGGACUUGAAGAGCGGCUGUGGCAGUGCGGGGCAGGGCGAGCCGUCUGUGAAAGCGGAUGUUGUCAUGACGAUGGACUCCAGCGACUUCAGCAAAAUGUUCUCAGGUAAGCUGAAGCCUACGAUGGCCUUCAUGAUGGGGAAGCUGCGGAUCAAAGGCGACAUGACGCUCGCCAUCAAACUGGAGAAACUGAUGAGCCGCAUGAACAAGGCCAAACUGUGAGCCUGAAGCCCCGCCCACCUGUCAUAUCAGGCCCCGCCCCCUCAUUGUUUGUAGCUGUACAUGUUGCCUUAACAACAAUGAUAAUAAUAAUAAAUGUAAUGAUAAGACACUAAGAAAUGAAUAAAGUGUGUUGAUAAUAAACA